GAAGAUUCGAUUUUCAGAACAGAAAAAUUACAGACCCACAUUUGCUCCGACUGGGAAAGAUCGACGAUGAUGCAAGUGCCAAUCCAACUCGACAGUCGACCGCCACCGUUCGCGAGACCAUCACCAUCGAUCGUUGGGUUCUAGUACAGUACACACCAAUAGUUGCGUUGUAGUUGAGGAAGAAGAAUUGUAGAGGCGAAACAAUGAGAGCAGCACUACUAAAGAACCUCCGCUCGGCCGCUUCUCGCGUGGGGCGCACUUCCAUGGCGUCGCGACCACUGGUCGCAUCCACCGCCAUGCGAUCGUUUGCGACGGCCACUGCUGGCGGCAACCUCAGUGUCAUGACCAAGGAAAAUCCCCACGUGGAUGUGGUGCGCUAUGAACACAAGAAUCGAAAAUGGAGUCUGGGUCACGUGGAUUAUUACUCGGAGGCUCUCGCCAUUGGGUUUGUCGAGAGUGGAUUGAAGCCCGGAGACGCCGUCCUUUGCUACUUGCCUUUGCACUUUUCCGAAACGAUGGUCCUUCAAUUCGCUUGUUCCAAGGCAGGAUUUGUCUUUUACCACUUGGAUCCUGCUCUGGCCGAAACGGACCCAGCAAAGUCCAAGACAGCCCUCGAACAAGCACUCACAUUGUCCAAAGCCAACGUCUUGGUCACCCAGGAAGCUACAGAUGAUGUCAACUACAUUAGUUUGGUGGAAGAAAUCAUCCCAGACAUUGACGUGUUCGAUUUUGCCAGCGGCAUGCCAUUUGUUUGCCCCCAGUUCCCACACCUUCGUUUCCCUGUUCACACUGGAUUUGAUCAAGAACAAAAAUGGGGAUUCAUUCCCUUGAGACACAUGUUGGUCCCCAGUGACAACCUAGACGAACAACUCAAAGGAUUCGAGCUGUCUGGUUCCACACCCCUGUUGGGACAAUUUACCUUGGGCAGUGAUGGAGUCCCGACGAGUCUCGGCCAGACACUUACCAACGAUCAAGUACUACAGGACAAUGCUUGGCCAACCUUUGCGGCAAUCCUCAAGAAGGAAUUCCACGACGUCGAAGGCGUUGGUGUGGUUUGGUAGAAGAGCUAUACAUUAUCUUUCCUUCAACAUUAUUUUACAUUCUGUGUUUCGUUAAUUCGGCAAUAUUAAUUAAUGGGAUCUUGAUGUUUUU